GCAGCAUCACUGAACUGGUGCAGUGCAAAAACGCUCGCUCAUCCUCACCGAUGGUGUGCAGAACAAGGGGGACAUAAAUAAAACUUUCUGAACCUAAAACAUACAUCUUUUUCUUAGACAAACAAAAAAAUCCACGGCAGAAAAUUCAUCAUGAGCUACGAUUCCUUCUUCUCCCACCGCCGCCCUUGGGACAGCUACAAAGGCACCCGAUCCACCACUAAAUCCUCCAUGUCUUCCUCUCUCUACUCGUCUUCCCGGGCUCCUCCAUCUGGAAAGAGGAUCCUGAGGAUGUCCUCCUCUUCCCUCCCAGAUGGUUCUCAGAGGAUGGACCUGACUCAGAUCAGCACCCUCAACACAGAGCUGCUGGGCCUGCGGUCUCAGGAGAGGGCACAGCUGAUGGACCUGAAUGACCGCUUCGCCACCUAUGUCGAGAAGGUGAGGCACCUAGAGCUGCAGAACCGAGCCCUGCUGGCCGAGCUGGAUGCUCUAAGGAGGCGGCAGAACGACCCGUCCCAUUUGCAGGCGAUCUAUGAGGGGGAGGCGCGGAGUUUGAGGGCCAUGAUCGACUCAGAGAAUGGGGAGAAGAUGCGGAUGGAGGCAGAGAGGGAUUACCUGCGGGACGUGUAUGAGCAGAUGAAAGAGCGCUAUGAAGAAGAGGCGAGGCAGCGUGUGGAUGCAGAGGAAGCCCUACAGAGGGCCAGAGAGGAGGCAAGCAGGUCUGUGGUCUACAACUGUGAUGCAGAGGCCUCUGUGGUCUCUCUGUGUGAUGAGAUGGUUUUCCUGAAGAAAGUCUUUGCAGAGGAGCUACUGGAGCUUCAGGCUCAGCUGCAGGUGGCAUCCAUCAGCGUGGAUGUGGAGGUUUCCAGGCCCGACCUCUCCAGCGCCUUACGAGACAUCCGGGCACAGUAUGAGCGGCUGGCAAACAAGAACAUGCAGGCAGCUGAGGACUGGUACCAAAGCAAGUUUGCAAGCAUAGCGGAGAUGGCCAGCAAAAACAACGAGGCUGUGCACGCCAUCCGGGACGAGACCAUGGAAUACCGGAGACUGCUUCAGUCUCGUUCCUCAGAGAUAGAGGCUCUCCGGAAUGUGAUCAACUCUCUGAAUAAACAACUUGGGGAUCUGGAGGAGAUGCAGUCGAAGGAGGUGGAGAAGUAUCAGAUAAGGAUAAGCGAGCUGGAGCGGGACAUCACUGAGGCUAAACAAGAGAUGGCGCGUUACCUGAGAGAGUACCAAGAGCUUCUCAAUGUAAAGAUGGCCCUUGACAUUGAAAUAGCCGCAUACAGGAAACUUUUGGAGGGGGAGGAGAUUCGUCUGACUUACCCUCCUCUUCCUGCUCUAAAUUAAAAUCUAAAUGCCAUGAGAGGGGCAUUAAAAUUCCUCAUACAUCUAUAUCUCUGCCCUUGCUAUCCCCUACCCUUCCCUUUCCUUCUCUGACCUUCCCGUCAUCCUCUUUCCCUCCAAAAACACAAAUUUAUAUUCUCCUUCAAAAAAGAAACAAGUAAAAACUCAUCUCUCAAGACAACUGCGCCCUUGUGCCAAACAAGAGGUCCACAAGAAGUCCCCCUUCUUCUACACAUUCUGACACCACACAUCAAUACAACGGCAAACUCAACAACACAGAGUGGCUGCACUGCAUUAGUUACGAUGUCGGACAGCUAUGUUGUUUUGGUUGAGUUCCUCUCUGUGAAACAAGUUAAGAUCCAAACCACAGAGUUAACCAUCCGACUUUCCUGAGACCUCUUUGUGCAAACAUUUGACCAAUAGUUUGUGAAGGAGGGCCAAAAAAAAGUCCUGUGGUCUCUCAGUGCUUGGAUUUUAUCUCCAACAUUUUUCACAAGGAACUCUACCAAACAGUUACGCAAUGUCCCACACCCCCUGGUUCUGUAGUCGUAAACCAGUAACCUUAAAGAUUUCUUUUUUUAUUAUGUUAAGCGUUCAUUUUAUGUCUUUGUUAUUUAGUCUUCAUCUGCAUUUACAUUUACAAAAUACUGCAAACACUGAGUGAAUUUGGUCUUCCUUUACCGAUUUUCUAAAUUUACAAUAAAACUGUGCCUUAAUGCACAACCUUCUGGACAUGUAAAUGCUGUGGAAGAUUAAAUUGUUACUGGUUUCUCCUUAUAAUCAUACAGUGUCUCUAAGUCUAUAGACAAUAGAUUUCUUUUGUUCUCUAAAUCCAUUCAAAGCUUAACAAUGAAACUGAAAGAUAACUGCAGGAGCUCCUUGUUGUUUGUCUACUGAUCCUAGACCUAAAGGGUGCUUUACAUCUAUGAAACUAAACUAAGUUGGCACCAUUACGCUUAGCGUAAAUGUAAAAGUUGGCAACAAGCUUAAUAAACGUAUACCUGACCUGCA